GGCGAGGGAGCUCACCAGGAGAGAGGGGCCUGUGUGAGCAUUGAGCAAAGCAAACGAAGCAGUACAUACAUCUCUCGCUCGCAGAGGCCCGGCCGGCCGGCUCCAUGCAACAAGGGACGACGAGCGGUGGCGGUGGGCGAUGAUGAUGAUGAUGGCGGGGGAGCACGUGCUGGCCGCUCUGGCCACCCUGCUUCUGGCCUCGCUCCUGACCCUGGUGCUGAACCACUUCCUGCCCUUGCUUCUGAACCCCAAGGCCCCCAGGGGAAGCUUCGGGUGGCCGCUCCUCGGCGAGACGCUCAGGUUCCUCACGCCGCACGCCUCCAACACGCUGGGCGGCUUCCUCGAGGAUCACUGCUCCAGGUAUGGGCGGGUGUUCAAGUCCCACCUGUUCUGCACCCCGACGGUGGUGUCCUGCGACCAGGACCUCAACCACUUCAUCCUGCAGAACGAGGAGCGGCUGUUCCAGUGCAGCUACCCGAGGCCGAUCCAUGGCAUCCUGGGCAAGUCCUCCAUGCUCGUCGUCCUGGGCGAGGACCACAAGCGCCUCAGGAACCUCGCCCUCGCCCUCGUCACCUCCACCAAGCUCAAGCCCAGCUACCUAGGCGACAUCGAGAAGAUCGCGCUGCACGUCGUCGGCGCAUGGCGACGGCACGGCGGCGUCAGGGUCGUCGCAUUCUGCGAGGAGGCAAGAAAGUUCGCAUUCAGUGUGAUAGUGAAGCAGGUGCUGGGGCUGUCGCCAGAGGAGCCGGUCACUGCAAGGAUACUCGAGGACUUCCUGGCCUUCAUGAAGGGCCUCAUCUCCUUCCCCCUCUACAUCCCAGGGACCCCAUAUGCCAAGGCUGUCCGGGCGAGAGAGAGGAUAUCCAGCACUGUGAAGGGCAUCAUCAAGGAGCGGAGGAGCGCUGGGUCAUGGAACAAGCAGGGCGACUUCCUUGACGUGCUGCUGUCAAGCAACGAGCUAUCUGACGAGGAGAAAGUGAGCUUUGUGCUGGACUCCCUGCUGGGAGGGUAUGAGACCACCUCGCUCCUCAUCUCCAUGGUCGUUUAUUUCCUUGGCCAGUCUGCUCAAGAUCUGGACCUGGUUAAGAGGGAGCACGACAGCAUAAGAUCCAACAAAGGCAAGGAGGAGUGCUUGACUUCAGAAGACUACAAGAAGAUGGAAUAUACCCAACAAGUCAUCAACGAGGCGCUGAGAUGCGGCAACAUCGUCAAGUUCGUCCACCGGAAGGCGCUGAAAGACGUCAAAUACAAAGAGUAUCUGAUUCCAUCUGGCUGGAAGGUCCUACCGGUCUUCACUGCCGUUCAUCUGAACCCCUCACUUCAUGGAGACGCGCAGCAGUUUCAGCCCUGUAGGUGGGAGGGCACAAGCCAAGGGACAAGCAAGAGGUUUACACCGUUCGGUGGUGGCCCCCGGCUCUGCCCAGGAUCAGAGCUCGCUAAAGUGGAGACUGCUUUCUUCCUCCAUCACCUUGUCCUCAAUUAUAGAUGGAGAAUUGAUGGCGAUGACAUUCCAAUGGCAUACCCGUAUGUGGAGUUUCAGAGAGGUCUGCCAAUAGAAAUCGAGCCAACGUCCCCUGAAUCUUGACUGUCCUGGAGCUACAGCCAUCAGUUAUCACACCAGAGAGAAAAGGGGAAGGUGCAUGGAGUAUACAUGAAUGGUCAGUGACAGAUCUCACAAGUGAAGGAACACUGAGGGCGCGUGCUAGUAGCUAGCAUAUGAGGCAGCUGAGACUGUAAUUUAAUGUACAUGGUGUAGAUAUAUUUUGUCCAUGGCAAUUGCUUGAAGUGGCUGAUUCACUUCACCCUGU